GGUGACGACAUCGAGUGUCUGACAAACUUCGUGAGUGACGUCGACGAGGAGUUCCUGUGUCGUCGCUUCGCUCAUCGCUCCUCCGGAAUUUUCUCCAAAAUCAUGGCCGCGGGUGCUGACUGCGAGGAUGUACUUCUCAGUGACGAUGACGACGACGAUGAUGAUGAUCAUCUAGAUGAGUCUCACCAAAUGGCUAUCUUGAGGCGAUACAGAGGAAAGCCCAAAGAGGAAUGGACUGACGACGACAUCAACAAAAUUGUCAGACUGGCACCUGACGUCAUCGAUGACGAUUUGUUGGACGAUCUUCCCUCAGAACUACUUCAGAGGAACAUGCACCAUUUUGGCCGCCUGGCUGCAAGGAGGGGAGGCAACCCACGUCUGCGAUAUGCUCUCAGAGAAAGAGUUGAUGAGCUUCUGGCCGGGUCGGUGUCAACAGACGACAUCCGGCAGAUUGGGGCUGGUUUGCUGUCUCUCCGGCUUGACCAGAUAGAAGAACUCGACGGUGACCUGCUGCUGGAAAUUGAUCCUGACGACAUUCUUGAUGACUAUGACGAUGACGACGAUGAUAGUCCUGUAACCCCUGGACAAGUCAUGAAGCUGAAUAAACGUGAUGAUGACGACGACGACGACGAUGACGAUGAUGGCUUGAGAUUGGCUCUGGGCAGAAGGAUGAAGCAUUCUCUAAGACAAGCGGGAGCUCAACCAACCAACUUGGGCAGAGCCCUCCGAUAUUUGCACGACGACCUUGACUUUGUCCGUGGCAUUGAACCGGACGACCUUAUGGAAAACCUUGCUGACUUCCGAGACCUUGACUUCGAUGACGACGAUGCCCACUCCCUGUUCUCCCGCCUGUCCCAGGCAUCCCAGUUCCCGCCACCGUCACAGAUGACCGGACAACUCAUCUCCGGCAUGGGUCACCUCAUGAGAGGUAUGGGGGUCAGUGGACUCGCUCAGCUCAACAAGACGGCCAUCCAGGGGGCCAUGAUGUCUCUGCGGGACGUUGAGUUCGAUGACGACCAGGCAGAGGAAAUCUUAGAGGAUGUCUUCGAUGACCUUGAUAUCCAGAACUUUGGCGCCACAGAUAUUCGAAAUCUGGGCAAGUUGAGCCGCGGUUUGAGCACAGACCGCCUGGAGACAAUCCACGACUCCGUCAUGAAUGAAGUGCUGGAUGACCUGGACGACCUUGACCUUACGGAAGCUCAAAGAAAGAUAAUCAAUUACAAGGCUAGGAUGGCGGCAGGCAACAGGACCACGCCCCACUUCCUGGCAACUGACGACUUUGCAGAGGUGCUGAGUCUGGAUGACCUCGACGACUUGACAGAAGAUGAGGUCAAGGACACCAUUGCUCACUCGGCCAAGGUCAACUGGAGGCUGCCUCAGGCUGCAGCUCUUGCCAUGAAGUAUAAGAUGGCGAACGGUGGCAAAAGACUCCGUCCUUCUGACCUGGCUAUCAUGGGUCACGUUGCCAGAGGUCUGCUGCCUGAGCACUUGGACGAGAUGGCAGACUCCCAGGACGAUGUCCUUGACCUUGUUGAGGAACUCAAGGACAUCCAAGAUGAGCUGACUUCUGCACAGAUUGACGGAAUGGUCAGUAAGUUUAACAUGGUCAGUGACCUUGACAACAAGGAGGUCCUUAUCGACGAGACUAAAGCAUUGCAAGCCGCUCAUGUACUAGCCUAUCUGAAACCCGACCAUUUUGAAAAACUGGAGUUCUCUGACGCAGGCAAGAUGGCGUUUGUGUCUCAGGUAGCUAAGAUGUCCACCCGGAACAUGCCUCGCACGCACAUUCAGUUCCUGGCUCGCAAGAUGCUUGAUAUGAUCGAGGAGACAAGUAGCGCUGA